CGGGAGUGAGAGGCACGGGGCACGGAGCAGGAAGGAGGGGCGAAUAGGGGGACUUUAAAUAAAAAUUCCACUUUGUCCGCAGCUCACGAGGACCUAAACCAACAGGUCGUCAGUGAAACUGAAUAGAAGGACUUCUAUGCGCGUAAUGACGGUUGUACUGGCUCCUAUUUAGGACUAAAGAGAUGUGGAAACUGCACGUGCAUUUGAGGUGAAUAUUAAACCAGCUCGCCAUCUCUCAAUGUACCAUGGAGAACCAUAACCUGCGUCCAUUCUGCACACCUUUCCUGGACGAUAACUUCCAACAGAUCUCUCUGCGUUUCCAAAGAACUUUUCACUCUUCAAACGACUCUUAGGACAUGUUGUGUUUCACUGAAGUCUCUUAAUUGUAAACAUUUGAGAGACGCUUUCCAGUAACAAUUAGAUAUGCAGAGCCGUGGUGUGUUGAAAAGCUGGGCCGGUCUGUCCGCGGUGCGCUCCUGCUUGCUGCUGCUCUUCAUCCACAUGAGCGCACCGGUGGAGGCGAGGAAAGUGCACGGCGCUCGGGCGCAGAGUCGGCGGGUGCAGCAGCAGCAGCCUCCGGCGCACAGGGAGCGGGUGGAAGGAGCAGAGAGCUUCCCGUUAGACUUUACACCCGUGGAGGGCAACAUGGACAACUUCUUGGAACAGAUAAAGAACUUAGCGCAGUCACUGUAUCCGUGCUCUGCGCAGAAGCUGGAUCAAGACAUGAAGUUGCACUUUUUGAAGAAUGUAUCUGUGACUUGCAAUGACGGUUCAGCAGCAGGAGAAUGCAGUGGAUGGUACUGUUUCAACAGGCAGACCUGUGACAGCAGGUAUGAGACAAUGAGAAGACUGAUGAGCUCCACCAAGUGGCCACAAACCAAAACAGGAACAGGAAUCCUGUCUCCUCAGCCAGAGGAAAACCCUCACUGGUGGAACGCCAACAUGGUCUUCAUCCCGUACUGCUCCAGUGAUGUGUGGAGCGGAGCCACACCGAAGACAGAUCACAGUGAUUAUGCGUUCAUGGGCUCGCUGAUCAUUAAGGAGGUGGUGAACGAGCUGCUGACAAAAGGACUGGACAACGCCAAGGUUCUGCUUCUGGCAGGAAGCAGUGCGGGCGGUACAGGUGUCCUGCUGAACGUGGACCAUGUUGCAGAGCAGCUGGAGUCGCAGGGCCACCGAGGGGUGCAGGUCAGGGGCCUGGCUGACUCCGGAUGGUUCCUGGACAACAAACAAUACAAACUAACAGACUGCCUGGACACCAUCAGCUGUGCCCCUACUGAGGCCAUAAAGAGAGGUAUCAGGUACUGGAACGGUCUGGUGCCAGAGCGCUGCAGACAGGCUCAUGUGGGAGAAGAGUGGAACUGUUUCUUUGGAUAUAAAAUCUUCCCCACGUUAAAAAGCCCGGUGUUUGUGGUGCAAUGGCUGUUUGACGAGGCCCAGCUGACGGCCGACAACAUCCACCUGACCGGGCAGCCUGUCCACGAGGGCCAGUGGACAUACAUACAGAGCCUGGGACAGGAGCUGAGGAGUACGCUACGUGAAGUACCGGCGAUGUUUGCUCCGGCCUGUCUGUCACAUGAGCUCAUUACUAGAACCUACUGGAUGGACAUUCAGGUGAAAGGCACCUCUCUGCCCAGAGCCCUCCACUGCUGGGACCGCAGUCUCCAAGCCAACAACCAAAUCAACAGCAGCAACCACAACCACCAAAAGCACAAGACCCAGCCUAUAAGAGGUUGCCCUUUACAUUUGAUUGACAGCUGCCCAUGGCCACACUGUAAUCCCUCCUGCCCGACUAUUCGGGACCAGCUGACGGGACAGGAGAUGAGUGUAAUCCAGUUCCUGAAGCACAUGGGCUUUGAUGUGCAGAAGAUGGCCCAGCAACAGGGUAUGGACCCCAGGAAACUACUGGGCAUGCUCAAUAACGGGAGCUGAGUGGCUUUUUUGUAUUUUAUUUUUUAAACACAGCAAUUUUAGCGUAGUGUCAGUAAGCUGUUCUAAAGAGAUAAGAAGAUGUUGAACAUCGAUGGAAGACGACAGGAAAACACAAAAACAGAACUCCAAUGAGAAAACUGUGAAUACUUCCAAACAUCAAUGUCUUCCAUCAAUAACAAACAAGACUCAUCUUUAAAAAAAAAAAGUGGCUGAGAAGUUUUGAAGAUAUUGAGUGAAAUACAAUCAAACCAGAACGUUUCAGCU